AUGGCAACCUCGAAACCGUCUGUCACUUUUGUGAGCGCGCCCGCCCAGUUCUGGGGCGCUUCAAGCGCGCGCCCGCUUGCUCCCCGUCGUGUUCACCGCCCAUGCAUCCGCCGCGUACCCUUCCUUCAAGCAAAGUUUCGUGUUGCUGUUGUAGGUGGUGGACCCGCCGGGGCGUGCGCGGCGGAGGCGCUCGCCAGGUGCCCAGAGAUUGAGACUUUUCUCAUAGAGCGAAAGAUGGAUAACUGUAAGCCCUGCGGGGGUGCUAUCCCGCUGUGUAUGGUGGAUGAGUUUGGCUUACCGCCCGACAUCAUUGACCGGAAGGUUCGGCGCAUGCUCAUGGUUUCGCCCUCGGGACGUGAGAUUCCGGUUGGUCGAACGCUCAAACCUCAUGAGUACAUCGGUAUGACACGUCGCGAGAUUCUGGAUAGCUAUCUGCGAGAGCGCGCUUAUGAACUUGGAGCGAUUCGUGUGCACGGGCUCGUUCAGGAGGUAGAGCUUCCGGAUCCGCGCGAUCCCCGCGGCAAGUACCGAAUCAAGUACGCAGACUACGAUAAGAUCGACGGGGGCAGGGCCACCACAAGCUCUCUCGAAGUCGACAUGGUCGUCGGGGCAGACGGUGCCAACUCUCGGGUCGCCAAGGCAAUCGACGCUGGCGACUACAGCUAUGCGAUUGCUUUCCAGGAGCGAAUCAAAAUUCCCGACGACAAGAUGGCGUUCUAUGAAGAUCUCGCGGAAAUGUAUGUCGGAGAUGAUGUGUCACCAGAUUUUUAUGCCUGGGUUUUUCCAAAGUACGACCACGUUGGUGUCGGGACCGGAACGGUAAUCGACAAGCCCAACAUCAAACGCUACAAGGAAGGCAUUCGCCAGCGAGCAGCACCGAAGAUCGCUGGUGGCAAAGUGAUCAAAGUAGAGGCGCAUCCGAUCCCGGAGCAUCCGCGGCCGCGUCGCGUGGUCGGCCGGGUUGCCCUCGUCGGUGACGCGGCCGGCUACGUAACCAAGUGCUCCGGCGAGGGUAUCUACUUCGCUGCGAAGAGCGGACGCAUGUGUGGCGAAGCGAUCGUACGCGCGAGCUUGAACGGAAGCCGCAUACCCACGGAGCAGGACCUGCGCAAUGGCUACCUCCGGCCGUACGAUCGCCAGUAUGGACCAACGUAUACAGUGCUUGAUAUCCUGCAGAAAGUGUUCUACACGAACAAUGCCGCUCGGGAGGCGUUUUGUGAACUCUGCGGCGAUGACUACGUCCAACAGGUGACCUUUGAUUCGUAUCUUUACAAGAAGGUUACGCGCACGAGCCCAGUUGAGGACGUCAAGUUGCUCUUCCGCACGAUAGGAUCCCUGAUGCGUGGCCAUGCUCUAGCCCCGUAG